AGGACUGGAAAGAAAUGGAACCAUCUAGAGCCUUUUGGAAGCAGCAGCACUCCUCGCGCGAUCCCGCAGUUUGACAAGUUUGCCCCCGUCGCCCUCAAUUCUCUCACGGUCCGCCGCUUCGUCUUCUUAUACCCUCCUGCUGACUGCCCCCUCCCUCCCCGCACAUCCUCUCCAUCGGCGGUCUUCCCCCAAGUCGUCGUCUAAACUAAACCCUAAUCCCCAAAUCCCCGACGCAGACAACACGACGCGCACCUGCGUUCACGAGGAGCAAGCAUGAGUCGCCACCCAAUCACUAAGUGGGCACAGAGGUCUGACAGGGUGUUCUUGACGAUAGAGCUGCCCGACGCCAAGGAUGUGAAGCUGAACUUGAAGCCCGAAGGUCAUUUCAACUUCUCGGCUAAGGGCUCAGAUGACUUGCCCUAUGAAUUUGACCUUGAGCUGUUUGAUGCUGUGAAUGUGGAGGAGAGCAAAGCAGCUGUUGCCCCAAGGACCAUAUGCUACCUGAUCAAGAAAGCUGAGAGCAAGUGGUGGCCAAGGCUGCUGAAAAAGGAGGGCAAGGCACCUGUGUUCUUGAAGGUUGACUGGGACAAAUGGCAGGAUGAGGAUGAUGAGGAUGUUGGAUUUAAUGACUUCAGUGAUAUGGACUUCUCGAAACUGGACAUGGGAGGUGCUGAUGAUGACGAUUUUGAGGAUGACGAAGACGAUGUGGUUGAAAGUGCUAACAAAGAUGAAGGUGGUAAGACAGAGAAGAGCAACGGGGAGGAGGAAGCAGCUGCCGCAGCAGCAGCCGCUGAGGAAGUGAAGCCAUGAAGAAGCAUUUGAGUUUGCUCCACGCCAUAGGUGUCCAUGGUAUCUAGCUAGGCUAAAUGUUCCCUUAGAUUUUUGGUGUAAAAUCUGGAGGAUGAAUACAAAACAGUUGUGCUGUUUUAGUUUUAUCUGAACCCUGUGAACUGCUGAUAUAAUAUUUGAUCAGAGCUCAUUUGCGUCCAUCAUGAAA